AUGAAGGGUAUACAAAUUAUUUCAUUUUUGUUCGCUUUUAUCACAGUAUUUGCAUCAGCCGAAAUAAGCAUCAAAUAUCCUUCAAAAGAUUAUUUUUUAGUAGCAGGACAACCAAAUGAUGUUCUUUGGACUUCGGAAGCAGGCGACCCUGCAACAUUUUCGAUUUAUUUAAAUAAUCCGGCAAUUUCUGAUUUAAAAAAUUUUGCACUUGCUAAUAAUGUUGCAACAAGUCUCAAUAAAACUAGUAUUACUUUGCCUGAAACUCUUGUCAAUACUGGGUUUCAAGUAUUUUUUACAGAUAUAGGAAAUAUUACAAAAGUUUAUGCAACAUCAGAAGUUUUUGAAAUAAAAGCUCAUGGUACUGCUCCAGUAGCAUAUACUCCACCAACACCAACACCUUCUCCUUCUUCCUCAGAUUCAAAAAAUUCUGGUGGUAAUG